CACUGAAUAAAAGCGAUCAUUUAUAGUCUUUCAGAGUUACUUCCAUAUUACAAGUGACUUAGUCAAAUUCAAUUUCGAUAAAAACACAAUUUACAAAAUGACUUGUCUCCCUAGAAAAACUAAAAGUAUGAUAAUUUACUUGUUGGUUGGUUUUCUAUUCCAGAUGGACAUCAUCCACACAACACCCGUGCCACAGCCCGCGAGCGGUACGGCCUUGGAUACAUCGGACCAGGCUUCGAUGAUCGAAAAGGAAGAAAUCAAAGGAGUAGAGAACGUUGGCGACGUUUUUAAGACACUGAUCAAGAACACGGGCUCGACGGUAAUGAACUUGACGAGCGAUACCGAAAAAUCGUUAAAGGACUUGGCCAAAGCCGGUGGCCGGGUCACGCUCGGCCUGGGAUACGUAUGCAACCAGCUGUUUAACUUCCUCAGCGCCACAGUGGCCACUAGUGGCAGUUACCUGGCCAGCGGCGUCAGGAACAUCGACGACGUCGUUGGAGAUUGGCCGGUCGUGGGCUUGGUCACAAACACCCUCGACGCUGUCUCAACGCAGGUGGCCAACACCUUUACUGAGAUGUCCGCCAACGGCCGGAAGAGCCGGCAAAAGAUGAUCGACAGCUUACGCGAACGUCUGGACGGGGGCAGCAACCUGGGCGCUGGUACAGUAAGCGCCGACAGUACUAGCGCCGCGGUCGACACCACCGCAUGAUUUGUAUAGUGUUGUCAACGAUUUGGGUGUAAUUUAAUACAAAAUGUAAAUUUUUUAGUUGAAAAAAAAAGAAAAAUUCAAAACACGACUUUUGUAACUUUGUUGCCCAGAACACAUGUUUUUAUUUAACACAUUUUUAGAUGUCAUAAUAACUGGUGGUGUGUGUGCAUUAUAUUAUAUAGUAUAAAUUAUAUUAUUGUUGAACCCACCGAAUUUUGUAGAGUCUACAAAUAAAUGCUGAAUAAUACUGAAAUGAAAA